AUGGACGCGUCAUCCUUUAAAAAUCUUCCACCUCAUUUUGCCAUUUCACAGGAUAAGAGUCAUGCGGUAUUAUCAGUUCCCAUUGAAAAAUCUUCUAAUGAUGAUAGGUCUUAUAGACUUAUUAGAUUAAAUAAUGAAUUAGAAGCUUUACUUAUUCAUGAUGCUAAAACGGAUUAUUCAAGUGCUGCUUUGGAUGUUCACGUUGGCAGUUUAUGUGAUCCGGAAAAUUUACAAGGACUUGCUCACUUUUGUGAACAUUUAUUAUUUAUGGGAACCGAAAAGUAUCCAAGAGAGAAUACAUAUAGUGAAGAUCUAUCAACCCAUGGUGGUCAUUCAAAUGCUUUUACAGGACCUGAUCACACUAAUUAUUAUUUUGAAGUUAGAUCUGAAUUUUUGGAUGUUACUUUAGAUCAAUUCGCCCAAUUCUUCAUUGCACCAUUAUUUAAUCCAAGCUGUACCGAAAGAGAACUAUUGGCGGUUGAUUCCGAGAACAAUAAGAAUUUACAAUCGGAUAUUUGGAGAAUGAUUCAAAUGGAAAAAUUGUUAAUGAAUCCAAAACAUCCUUUUUCAAAAUUUAAUACAGGAAAUUUAGAAACUCUUAGAGAUAAUCCAAUUAAGCAAGGAUUAAACAUAAGAGAUGAGCUAUUAAAAUUUCAUGAUAAAUAUUAUUCUGCCAAUAUUAUGAAGUUGGCUGUACUUGGUAAAGAAUCUUUAGAUCAACUCUCUCAAUGGGUUGUUGAAAAAUUUUCUGCUGUCAAAAAUAAAAAUAUCUCCGUACCUACUUUCGAAGAUAAUCCUUUAACCGAAAAUGAAUUGUUGAGACAAGUUUUUAUUAAACCUGUGAAAGAUGUUCACAACUUAAAUUUGACUUUGCCUUUUCCUGAUCAAAGAAUGUUGUUUCGUACUCAGCCCGGAAAAUAUUUAUCGCAUUUGAUUGGACAUGAAGGAGUUGGGUCAAUAUUAUCCUUAUUGAAAAAGAAAGGUUGGGCAAAUGGCUUAGGUGCUGGAACAAAACAAGUCAGCGGGUUUGGACUUUACAAAAUUUAUAUUGAUCUUACUGAAACGGGAUUAGCUAAUUUUGAAGAUGUCGUCGUACAUGUGUUUCAAUAUAUUGAAAUGUUGAGACGUGAUGGCGCACAAGAGAGUGUUUUUCGUGAAGUUGAAGAACUCUCUGAAAUAUCGUUUAAAUUUGAGGAAAAAUCCUCUCCAUCAAGAUAUGCUUCAAAUCUAUCCAAUCUUAUGCAUAGACCAUUCCCAAGAGAAUGGGUUCUGAGUGGAGCUUCUCUAUUGAGAGAAUAUAAUCCACAAUUGAUUAAUGAAUCACUUGAAUCGCUUCGUCCUGAUAAAUUUAUUCUUGCAUUAAUUAGUCAGUCUUUUACCGGAUUAGAUCAAAGAGAAAAAUGGUAUGGAACCGAAUACAAAAUGGAACCUUUAAGCGAUAAGCUUAUACAGGAUUUGAAGAAUAUUAAACCACAUGAUGAUUUGAAACUACCUCCACCCAAUGAGUUUAUUCCAACGAAUUUUCAAACUCACAAGAUCGAAGUUGCGACGCCUUCCAAGAGUCCAAAUUUAAUCAGAAAUACCCAAAUUUGUAGAUUAUGGCAUAAAAAAGACGAUACAUUUUGGGUUCCAAAGGCAAGUGUAAAUAUAAAGUUAAGAAG